AUGGCGCUGUGUACAGUGUAAAGGAGUUUGCAGCCAAAGUUUGCAGCGCAGGCAGGAAAGUUCGCUGGAGAGCCGACCCGUGAUCCCAGGUUCUUUUGUCAUAUCAGCGGACUUCCAGGGCAAACAUGCGGACUACAUACUUCACUGAGCUAUGACUUCUGUGUCGUUUCGUGGAUGUUUUAGAGUAAAUUUCUCCCUGUCCUUGAAAGAUAACGGUUUCCUCCACGCUGUCGUUUCCGAUGGACUAUAUCGUGCAUCUUACCAUCCAGUGAGUAACUUAGACUAGCAGUGAUUGUAUAGUUUCCUGACCUGCAGAUAAGUGUUGAACAUGAGCAUAACUUAGCAUAACUAUUGACGUUAUACCAUGUAGCCUAAUAUUUGGGUGUUUAAAAACAAUGAACUCCUCCUGUGACAAGGAACUGACACUUUUAUCUCGGAAACACCGACUCAUGGCUGCAGCUAUGCCCGGUGAGGACAGCCCAUUGCCCGGCAACACUUCCAGGGCUGAUCGGAAUGGAUUAGGGGGGCUGGUUUACUGUUUCAUAUGUGGAAGCGGAGUUUCACCAGGAAAGGAAUUGAGGUUACAAGUGACAUACCAAAAAGAGAGGGUUCCGUUUUUCCCGUUUCUACAAAAUCAGGAGCCAGCCCCGGGUGCGUGUGAGGUGAGCCCGGAUGGACAUACGCUGGUGUGCGCCGUGUGCCACUGCUUUCUGACUGAGCAGUGGAACUCCUUCGAGCGGAGCAGGACGCCCAUUGAGAAGCGCAUGUACUGGUUGAAACGACCCUAUCAGUGCGACUCUCGGCGGGUCCCACAGGAGUGGAACAUCUCGUAUGAUCUGGAGAGGAGAAUUAGUGUCAGCAGCCAGAACUACGACGGGGGCGCAGAAUCUGAUUUCUCGUCUUUUUCUGAAAACGACAACAUAUCAGACCAGGAGAUGGAUUUCUGCGACAGAGCCGGUAUGAGCAAAGACAAGUGCCUGAGAGCAUCUGGCAAAUCACCAAGAGACAGUAGCAGGAAGAACAAUGUCAUCAGUGUUAAAAACAGCCCGGAUUCACAGCGGGCAAUGCGCUACCCGGUGGGUAUUUAUGGGGCGCAGGGAUCGCCAAAAGCGGAGCGUGUUCUGCCAGGGAGGCGCGGUGCUAAAAUUAUGAAUAAUGUCUGUCAAUCAUCAGAAUCUCUGGCAAAGUCCCAGGAGAGAUUCCCUCAGCGAUGCUAUGACAGUCCUUUCUCUGACACACCUGUGCAAGACAACGGGGUCAUUAUGCGCAACAGGCGAUGGCUGGAGGAGGGGAAUGUCAGACAUGCGGAGCUGCGUCAGCUUCAGCGUGUUGCCGACAGCAGCUGUGCUUCGUCCAGACAUCCAUCGCUGAUGUACCGAGGAAGGGGCGAAGAUCACCCCAAUACAACUCUGUCAUCUGUUGGCACCGCUGCUGUCACCACUAAAUGUAACAUGGCUGUUUCUAGGGAGAACAACUCUGACAACUCUGAUGAAGAUGAGAUUAACAUUACAAGUGAUGAUGACCUAGACAAGCAUGAUAGUAAAACAAGCCAAAACACCCAGUUUAGAGCUGUCAGAGACCUUUCAGGGAGAAAGUCGCACCUCACUGUGGACACCUGUUCAGAGGAGUGUGUUUGCUAUAUCUGUGGCACUGGGCUCAGACAUGGCCGUUUUAAAGUCAGUGUUCAGAAACAGGAGAGGGCACAGGGCGAGCCCUUCUUUCCCUUCCUAUGGCUUCACUCCCCUCCCCGGGAUGCAAUACCAAUCAGUCCAGCGGGUACAACCCUUGUGUGUGGCAGCUGCCACACCUCUCUCAUGCAGCAGUGGCAGAGCUUUCAGCUGGCAGAUGUGCCUGUCCUCCAGCGCCUGUAUGUAGUCCCCCUCAACCAAGCCACCAAUUCUCUCCAUCCUUCACAGUUAACUCCCACAGAGUCCAUGGAGUGCAUAACUGAACCCAAGGCUUCCCAUGAGGCCUGUUUUCUCUGUGGUCAGUAUUGUGAAGGAGAUAUGAGAGUAGCAUAUGCACAGGCUGGUGUUGGCAAGUCCCGUGGUGCAAUGUAUUUUCCUUUCAUCCACAUGUUGCCUUGCCCACCAAAUGCCCAGGGGGUGAAAAAUGGCCGUGUACACUGCUGCCCUCAGUGCCAUUUAAUCCUGGAAGAGAUCUGGGGUGCGUAUCGACUGAGCCUUAGUGAAGACCUCAUCACCUCUGUCAGCUCCUUUCUGGUCAGGUACCACGCUGCCAUGGCCAUUGAGGGGUCUGGACAAGCCCAUUCCCAGACUGGUGUAGCCUCUCGCCCAGGCAGCUCGAUGACGGUGUGUUACCUGUGUGGAGCUGAGCUGUGUGCAGGUGGAGAGUACCAGCUGCAUGUCAACCCGCCUGGGCGUUGUGGGGAAAGGGAGCCUUUUUUCCCCUUUCUCACAGUCCACCCUCCUGCUCUCCAUGCCAAGCCAGUUGAUGCCACAGGCCUGGUGUCAGCUUGUAAUCUCUGCUACCAUGACCUACACACCCAGUGGGCCCAACAUGAGAGCAAAGGCCUGGGUCCCUCCACCCCAUCUACCUCUAGUGUAUCCAGUACCAACCCCCAGCCACCCAGCUCCCCUUGGGCCCGCCAGUACAGCUGUGAGGCUUUUGUGUGUUUCUUCUGCAGGAAGGAGCAGCGCAGGCAAGGUAGGCUGUGCGCUGUUAUUGUGGCAAGACUACCUGUCUUCCUGUAUGCACCUCGCAGCACACGCACUCUCCUGGUGGAUGAUGGGAGGAGGUUGGUGAUUGGCUCAUGUGUGGAAUGUAAGGCCAUGGUGCAGGUGGGACAGAGCAUGGAGCAGGACAGGGAUAGGCUUGGACAUGGAGCCUCAGACGGGGAGAGAAGAGAACCAGAAUCAGCUUUACCACAGUCUAGACAUAAGGCGUGUACUGUGAUUGAGAGUGCGGCUGGAGCCAGUAAGGAGGUUGACUCAGGGCCUUUGCAGCCUGCAGGUGACCACAUUCCUUCUCACCCAAUGACCUCGGAGCCAGAGAAAGCUGACCGAGCUGACCGCCCACGUUCCAGCAUGAGCCAUGAGCCAAAGUCACCAUCGUUAGGAAUGAUCUCCACGGCGACCCGUACCACGGCGACGGUCAGCCCCCUCACCCCGUCGCCUCUCAAUGGCUCCAUCGUAGCAAAUGGAAGCCCUGCUACCCAGUCUGCUCACUCCGGAUUUGCUGCAGCCCUCCGUAAACUGGCAAAACAGGCGGAAGAACCUCGAGCUGCAUCCUCCAUUAGCAGCGAGUCCUCUCCAGUGUCCUCCCCGGCCACCAACCACAGCUCUCCAGUCAGUACACCCAAGAGGGGUCCCCUUGGUCCAGGGCCUGUCCUGGUCCCCCCAGUGGGCCACAGCGUGCCAAACACUCCACCUGUAGUCACCAUUGCUCCAACAAAGACUAGCAACGGCCUCUGGAGGAGCGAGGGACGUCAGGCUGACUCAGGGCCUCGUGGGGCCAGCAGAGAACGUCUGGGUGCAGAGGGGAACCUCCCACAGGAAAAGGGUGGCCCCUCAGUCCCUGCCCACCUCCUGGGAAACCCCUAUGCCUUUGGUCUCACCCCCGGUGCUGUCAUGCAGGAUUCACGUUUCCAGCCACUCAAUCUGCCCAGACAGUUGCCUAAUGCAGUCCCCCCUGGUCAUGUACCAGAAGAAUACCUCCGUGGUUUCCGGCCCUAUGCCACAACCGAGGAUGCCCUCCGCAUGCCCUCUUUGCCCUUAGGCCUGGACCCCGCUGCUGCAGCUGCCUACUACCACCCCAGCUACCUGCCCCACCCCUCCUUCACUCCAUACAGGAUGGAUGACCCGUUCUGCCUCUCUGCUUUGAGGUCACCUUUCUAUCAGCUGCCAGGAGGGGGAGCGUUACCUCCCAUCCAUCCCUCUGCUGUUCACAUGCACCUACCUGGGGUCCGCUACCCUGGAGACUUUACGCACCCCUCACUGUCAGCACUGCAGUCUGAAAGGCUUCAGCUGGAGGAUGAGCUGCGGCAGAGAGAGAGGGAGCGUGAACGAGAACGGGAGCGCGAAAAAGAGAGAGAACGUGAGGCAGAGAGAGAGAAAGAGCGGGAGAGAGAACGAGAGCGGGAGCGAGAGCGGGAGAAAGAGCUAGCGAGGGAGAGAGAGCGCGAGCGGGAAAGAGAGCGAGAGAGGGAGAGAGAAAGGGAGAAGGAACUGGAGAGGCAGAAGGAGAGAGCACUGAGGGAGAAGGAGCUGCAAGCGUCCAAGGCCAUGGAGAGCCACUAUCUGGCUGAGCUCCAUGCCAUGAGGGGGCAGGAAGAUCGAAACAAGCCUGAGAGACUCACCCCUAAUCGGACUGAUAAAACCAAAGAGCCCACCCCUCCAGCCCCCAAACCAGUCCCACCAGGACUCCAUUCUUCAAUGGUCCAACCACAUCAUCCCAUCCCAGGUCUAAUCUCAGGCCACGGCCUCUACAUAGGGUCCAGCGCUGUAGGGACGGGGCUCUCUGCCUCAAUGAUAGCUCAGAGGGCAAAUGAGGAGGAGAGGUGGUUGGCGCGGCAACGUAAGCUGCGGCAGGAGAAAGAGGAUCGUCAGUACCAGGUGUCUGAAUUCCGCCAGCAGGUUCUGGAGCAGCACUUGGACUUGGGCCGUCCAGCUGAUGCACCAGAACACAGGACAGACUCACACAGAUCCAUACCAAAUCACCAUGAACCAGGAAGCCGGGACCUCCACCCUCACUUAGGUGCACCUCCACCCCUCAUCUCCCCCAAACCUCCUCAGCCACCACGUGAACACCACCCUCCCACCACCCUGUGGAACCCUGCAUCUCUUAUAGAAACCACCUCAGAGUCUAGACGUAACCACGAGCCCUCAGGGAUGGGACACUAUGACCUCAGUCGGCUGCCCCCAGGACCCUCCAAAUAUGAAGACGGAGCCCGAAGGAGAGAAGGGGGUGCAAUUGAGAAGUAUCCCCCUCUGAGAGGUCCUCCGGGCCUUCCGGAACCCAGCACAUUCCUUGCUGAUCUGGAGAAAUCGACCCAGUCCUUCUUCAGCCAGCAGAGGGCAUCAUUGUCCCUGUCUAGCCAGUAUGAAUUGGAGGGAGCAAUGAAAAGCAAUUCUGGAAUAAAGAGCCUCCAGGGAUACCCGGGACACAGUAGACAAGGACAAGGGCUAGAAAUGGUCUCCGGCCUAGGGAUGGGACAGGUAGCCACACUGGAGAUGGGUCCAGACACAAUGCUGAUCUAUGACGAAUUCCUUCAGCAGCAUCGAAGGCCUGUCAGCAAGCUGGACCUGGAGGAGAAAAGGAGAAGGGAGGCCAGGGAGAAAGGUUAUUACUAUGAGCUGGAUGACUCAUAUGAUGAGAGUGAUGAUGAGGAGGUGAGAGCCCAUCUCAGGAGAGUAGCAGAGCAGCCCCCACUCAAACUGGAUGACUCCACAGAGAAACUGGACUUCCUGGGAGUGUUUGGCCUGACCACGGUGGGCCAACGAGAUGAGUUGGUGCAGCAAAAAAGAAGGAAAAGGCGGAGGAGGCUCAGAGAGCGUAGCCCCUCACCCCCUGUCUCACACUCGAAACGCUCUCCUCCUCUUCCUCCUCUCCAACUCAGCACGCGCUUCACCCCUGAGGAAAUGGACCGAGCACCAGAGCUGGAGGAUAAGAAGCGGUUCCUCACCACGUUCAGACUGUCCCAUGUCACUAUACAGCAGAGGAGAGAUAAUGAAAGGGUAGUGGAGCUGCUUCAGGCCAUUAAAGAAAAGAGCGUAACCUUGGAUACCAUCAGGCAUGCCCCUUAUCCACUGUGUAAGAGCCCUGCAGCACAGAUUUCUGAUUCUGCAUUUGCCCAGCCUUCCUCUGAAUCAGAAGGCCACCACAGUGUCCGACCGCAUAGCCCCUCCUCACAAUGCCCAGCGUCCCCCAAUGGUCAUCCUAAACCCCUUGGGGAGACAUUAAGACCAAAGCAACCCCCUUCUCCAGCUGUCUACCCAGACAAGGCCCGGGGGCCCAGUGAGGGACCGGUCUCUAAAAAGAGCUCCAGCCUGCUGAACAGCUUGCGGCCCCCACUUCCCCUGCAGGCUAAAGAGGGACCUCACAGCGUCAACGGACGCACCAAACCCUGGGACAGCUUUACCCCGGAGGAAUUUGCCCAGCAGUUCCAUGAAUCUGUGCUUCAGUCCACUCAGAAGGCUCUGCAGAAACAUAAAGGUGGAGCCAUGGCGAUGUCGGAGUCGUCCCACCUCCAGGAGUCCUCUGUACACUACAACAUUCCAGAGCUUCAGAGCGUCCCGGGCCGGCCGCCGCAUUCACAAUCACAAUCUCACUCCAAUGCACAUUCAUUUCCCCAUCCGCUCUCACAUGCUCACCCUCAGCCCAACGGGCAGCACUUCUCUGUAGCCCUGCACCGGGAGGCCUCAGGGACGAGGGAGGACAUGUCCGGUCCAGAGGAGGAAGAGGAGGAAGAGGAUGAGGAGGAAGAGGAGGCUCCUCCUUCCAAGUGGCAGGGGAUUGAAUCUAUAUUUGAAGCUUAUCAGGAACAUGUUGAAGAGCAAAGUUUGGAGCGACAAGUGUUGCAGAGCCAGUGUCGAAGACUAGAAGCUCAGAAUUACAACCUCAGUCUGACUGCUGAACAGCUGUCUCAUAGCAUGGGGGAGAUGAUGUCCCAGAGACAGAAGCUGGCAGUUGAAAGGGACAAGCUACAAGCAGAGCUGGAGCACUUCAGGAAGUGUUUGACACUGCCACAGACACACUGGCCGAGAGGGAGCCAUUACAAGGGCUACCCUCCAAGGUGACCCCAAUACGCCAACCUGAUGGCCGCCAGGCCCCCAGCCACCUCCCCUUUCAGACUGACACCCAGAGUUUAUUUUUUAUGGUCUGGUCCACAUGGCUAUAUAGAGGAGAAUAUGGCUGGCUAGA